AUGUCACUUGACACUCUUUCCCUUGGAAACGAGCUUAAAGACUCGUACAAGCCCGUUGAGAAGUGGGUCACUAAUGGCAUCAACUGGCUCGGUGACAUUGACGAAUUCUACCAAGCCCGGGCCACUAUCGAGAAGGAAUACUCCACCAAACUCAAAGAGCUCUGCAAGAGGCAUUUCGAGAAAAAAGCAAAACUCUCCGCCCAAUUGUCAGUUGGUGACGAACCACAGAUCACUCCUGGAUCCUUGGAAAGUGCCUCGCUUGUUUUGUGGAACGACGUGCUUACGCAAACCGAGGCAAUUGCUGAAGAGAGAUCUGUGCUUGCACGGGAUAUUACUCUGAAAGUAGGUGCGUCUUUACAGACUCUCAAGAGCAAAGCGUCCAUGGUAGCCAGAAAUAUUGAUGGUAUCCACACAUAUCUUGAUGAGGAGAAAAAACGUACUGAAGAAGAGGUUGCAAAGGCCAAGAAACACUAUGAUUCUCUUUGUUCUGCCACAGAAGCAACCAGACAAAAAACAGAGAAGUCGCUGAGUGAUAAGCACCAACGGAAACUUGAGGAAAAAGAGACCGAUAUGAACAUUGGGAAGAAUGAGUACUUGAUCAAGAUCAAUGUUGCCAACCGGCUUAAAGACAAAUACUUCUAUCAAGACUUACCCGAAAUCUUGGACUAUUAUCAGGAAUUGAAUCAGGCAAGAGUUCAGUUGAUGAACAAGAUUCUUCGUAAUGCAGGCAUUGUGGAACGCAACAGCUGUGACCGAGUGAAGGACAAGUUAACGGCCAUUGAUUCGACUAUCGAACAGAAUAACCCCCGGUUAGAUACCGCCAUGUUCAUCAAACACAACUUGAUCGAUUGGAAAGAGCCCAGUGACUUCUACUUCGUUCCAUCUUCCAUCUGGCACGAUGACGAGAGUUUGGUGACCAAAGAACCAGAAUUGUCGGCGUUGAAGAAGGCUCUCAACAAGAGUCUGAUGGAGUAUGAGAAGUACCAACUGUCGUGUUUGCAAGUCAAGCAAAGUUUAGAAGAGUCUGUGGCUGAGAGAGCCAAGGAAAAUAAAGAUGGCUUGACGUUAAAGUUCGAUGCCAAAUUCCUGAACUCCUUGCACUUGUUGAGUAAAUUCAUAAAGGAAGACACUCAAAGAGUGAAAAACGAAGUGGUUAUUGAGUUGAUUCAAAACUACGCGGGAGAUAAGGAUUUGAGCUAUCAGGAGCAAGCCCAUGCCAAGAAGAGUCGGUUUGGUUUGUUCAAAGGUAAGAAAUCCCACGAAGAGUCCACCCCCGGCGAUGUCCAGUCUAUUCACACGGUCAAAUCUACCACCAGCCAGAAGACGGCUGGAAGCUCAGGAAUAUUCAACUUACGACGUGGAAGAGGCAAAUCGGUGUCAAGCAAUGGAACCGCUCACGGUGCUCCCACCGGUCGUGCAGCCUAUAAAUACGAAGCCACUGGAGAUGAUGAGUGUUCAGUAAACGUAGGUGAUGUUUUUACGGUGGUUGAUGCUGAUGAUGGUCUGGGAUGGACGAUGAUUGACUUGAACGGACGUCAAGGACUUGUCCCUACAUCGUAUAUCACGGUCGAUACGAUUGUUGCUACUAACACAGGUGAUCUGAAGAAACAAGGGCCAAGUGUAGCUCCUAAAAGAGGUGCCAAGCGGGUUCAGUACGUGGAAGCGUUGUAUGAUUAUGUUGCAGACGGAGAAGAUGAACUCAGCAUCUCUGUAGGAGAUAGAAUUGUAUCAGUACAAGAAGAUACGGAUGGAAGUGGAUGGACUGAGGGAGAGUUGAAUGGUAAUAAAGGGUUGUUUCCAUCAUCAUAUGUUAAAAAGGUGUAA